AUGGCUAAGUAUAUAGCACAAAUUAUAGUUUUGGGUGUACAAGUGGUAGGCAAAGCUUUCGCAAGGGCACUGAAGCAGGAAAUAGCAGCAUCCCAAGAAGCUGCUAAAAGAGCUGGUGGAGGUCCAGAGGGUGCUAGAAGAGCAGCAGCAAACGCAUCUACAGGCUUAUCUUUGGAGGAAGCUAUGCAAAUCCUGAAUUUAGACAAACUAGAUCCAGAACAUGUCAAGAAAAAAUAUGAACAUUUGUUCACAGUAAAUGAUAAAGCAAAAGGUGGCUCUUUUUAUUUGCAAUCAAAAAUAGUGAGAGCAAAGGAGAGGAUAGACGUUGAAUUCAAACAAAAGGAACCUAAACAAGAACAAAGUCAGCCAAAAGAUUCCUCAUGA